AUGGCUUUCAUGGCGGGCCUUCCUCCUGCACUUGGGUCUGACGAUCUUACAUCAGCCUUCAACAAGGCGUUCUUUGACCAGCUGCAGGGUGUCAAUCAGGCAACACCGACGGUUGGAGCUGGCAUGCCGCAGGCUGGUCGUGGGCGAGAAGCUGAACUAGACAACCAGUUAAAGCGAAUGGUGGGCGGGUCGCCUGGCUACACGGUGGAGAUUGUGAGUGAGGAUGGUGCCAUCCCCCCUGAGUCUAUCCGACAAUUCUUUCCUGGACCUUUGCAAUUUGACCUCACAGAGAGCGGCGCGCAGCCUUUCAGGGAGCCAGAUCCGCUGAUUUUGGACAUGCUGAGCUCAGUCAACAACGUUGUCCAGGACAUGGUGACACCUGCCCUGCAUAAGAUACAGCAUGCCAGCGCUGCUCCCAAUUCCUGCCAGAAGGAUGCUACAAAGCACUGCUCCACGGCCAGAUCACAAGUUCAUUGCUUGGGCCAGCACCGCGAUGACAUCUCUGAUGAUUGCCGAAGAGAUCUGGGCAAGUCAGUUCCCUUUGUAUGCAGUGCAGCUAUUGACAAACAUUGUGAUGUCUUGCACGUUGGUAUUCUGGACUGCUUGCAGAAGUACGAAAGUGAACUUUCUGGAGAUUGUAAAGAUGCCUUCUUGGCCACCAGCAAGGUGAUACAAAGCCUCAAUUCCGCUGUUCAGGCACCAAAAGCUCAAGCUGCUCAAACUUUGCAGCCUCCUAAGGCUGUGAUUAGCUCGAAACCCAGUGGCUUGCUGGCAGACCGGGAGCGAAGCAUCGACUCCCAACUUGCGAAGUUCACAGGGGUGAAGCCCAAGGCUUAG